AUAUGACGGUAUGGUAUGUUCCGCUUUGGAGUUCCUCUCAAUUAUUUCUCAAAAGCCUCACUACGAAAGCUAUUUCGUUGGGGAAGGUGUAUUGCAGACCAUAGCACAAGAUGUAUGCGUAAAGAAUAUGCAGUUGCGACAAGAAGAUCUGGAGCAGUUUGAAGACGAACCUAUCGAAUUUAUGAAGAAGGACAUUGAAGGAACGGAUUCAUGCACGCGAAGACGGGGUGCGAUAGAACUUGUGCGGGCCCUUUGUCGUAAAUAUGAGCAACAGUUGGUGCCUAUCCUUGCGCAGAUCGUGCAAACGCUAUGUGCCGAUGGAGAAUGGAUGAAGCUCGAUGUUGUAUAUUGCCUUGUCACUGCUAUAGCAUCGAAAACCGAAACAGCCAAAAGUGGUGCCACAAGUACGAGUCAG